AGAAAUGAAACGUAAAUGACAUAACCUCUGCAAAAAGUAAUCUUGAUUUUGCUAUUAUCCAUUUCCCCACAAAAUGUUUAUGAAACUUGAAGCUUGAAGGGAAAGGACAUAACCUCCAACAAUUGUGUAAAUAACUAUAAAUUUAGUGAUGUGGUGUUCAAGAGAAUGUUCCUACAAGUGAUGAACAACUAUAUUUUUAUUAAUUUAGGGUAGUAAACGACUUAACUUAUUCGAUAUGGCUGUGAGGAGUUGGAUGCUCAGGCAUCAGAACAGAUACAUUAGGUCAACAAAACAUAAUAAACAGGAAGACGUGCUAACCCAGUUGCAAAAUUUAGGCCCCAAAGGAAGCUGCACAAAACUUUUAGAAAAAAUAUGUGACCAAAAUGUGAAAGAAGAAGUCAAAUUCAAUUACUUAAAUGCCUUUGUAAAACUGACUUUGAAACAUGGAGAGAACUUUGGGUAUAGCAUUGAAGACAUAUUGAUCUGUCUCAGGGUACCUCUUACUCACCCAUCUGCUCAAAUACGAACAGCUGGUUUAAGGUGUAUACGACAUGUGCUUAAAACAGAAGCAGAUAUUGUACAGUUGAAUAAGUUAUUAAUACCUUAUUUAUUAACAAGAUCAUUAGAUUUGAUUUUAAGAAAUGAUUUAGAAAGAGUAGAAGCAAUGAAACUAAUAAGAAAAAUGAUGAUAAUCUCUUCUUCAAAUUUGGAUGUAUCAUUGGCUCGAUGUUUGGUUUCUUUAGCUUAUGAAGGUGCUGAAGCUAAAGAUAGAAUGCUUCGAGUGUGUAUGGCCACAUUAUCAGAAUUAGGAGUCCUAAAUUCAAAAUUAUUUAUUGCAUCAGGCGGAGUGACAGCAAUAUCUAGAAAUUUAUUGGAAUGCCAAAAUCCUAAAAUAGCAGAAUCUCUUUGCGGCGUUUUGCUUUUACUUUUAGAUAAGCCUUCGACUAGAAAUUUUGCAGCCGUUGAUUUACAUAGUACAGCAGCACCAUUUUGCGAUUUUCACUAUAAACAUGGUUCCAAAGAUAAAAAUAAGAGAGAUGAACGAGAACUUAGACUUAAUUGUGCUCGGUUAUCAUUAUUAACUAUGUUGAGAAGUUGGUCUGGUAUUUUGCAUUUUUGUAGCCCUUUAGAUAAGGGUGGCUUCAAGGCAAUAGUUGAUGUUCUUUAUUUACAGCAACUCGAAGUUAGAAAAUCAGUAUUAGAUCUCUUGUACGAACUGCUGGGUCUGUCCCAACCGGAGUGGUCUGAUGAAUUAUCUGUGGCACUAAGUGCAGUUGAUCCAUGUGAACCACAAGCUUCUUGGAGGCUAAGCGAGGGUUUUGUAGUGGCAGAAGGGCGAUCGGUUCUACCUCAUUUGGCCAAAACAACCCCUAGUACAACUGAUAUGCAUUUGGCUCUUUUGUUAUACUGUUUUUUAGAAAAUGGCCUUUUGGCAGCUUUGACAGAAGUAAUAGCCACUAGUGACACAUUUAUAUGUGUUAGAGCUUCUAUUUUAUUAGGUGAACUUUUGAGGCUUAUUCAAGUACUAUUACCUCCUGGAUGUUGUAAUGUUUCUCCUUCUCUUCCAUCUUUAUUAGAAUAUGCAACGAAAAGUAAACCCCAAGCUAUUGCUGCAAUUACUGCUCUACAGCAACUUCAUAUGUUAAUGAAACGCAGACCGGCGUCUUACAGUCUUCACCUAGAUUAUAUUAUAAGGAAUAGUGUUCACAAGAGAAACGAACCAAAACAAAACAAACCUUUGAAGAGUAGGCAUGGAAGUAGUUUACAAAGAAAAAUUCAUCAGUUGGUUCUUAAAGAUGGCGAUGAUCCAGUACGAGACACAGGAGUGUUAUUAAGCAACGAUGCUUUUACGUGGGACUGGAACUUGAUCAAUAUCUUAUUAAGGGGCGAAAAUAAUUCAAGGAUAAAUUUAAAUGACCCCUCGCAUCGUACAUUUAUUAAAAAAUUGAUCGAGUUUUACACGCCUUCCAAAAACAAAUAUUCUCAUAUGGAUUUAGGAACGUCAAGAACUUCGGUCACAUAUACUACAGCGGGAAUAGAACUCAUUAACUUUUUAGUGGAACUAAGAGACUUGGAUUAUAACGGCCUUAAACCACUCAAUUUGAUUGUAGACCUAUUUAAGGAUAUUUUAAGCAAUAUCAAUGCGAUAAUGACGAGCAAGAGCGUCCAUGAUUGUCUGUUUAGUCCUCAGCAUAUGGUGAAUACACACUGCCAAAGCUAUUUUCUCUUCAUUGGACAGUUUUCAAGGACAGAAGUAGGAAUUAAAGUAUUAGAAAAUAUAAAUUUAUUCAAAAAUUUGAAAGAGCUAGCUACAACAACCAACCAUGAUUGCUACGUCAAACUGAUCAUUUCUUCACUGGAAUACAUUUUUCCCGGUCCAUCACGAGAUAUUUUAGAAGCUGUUAUUAUUUGCAAUCAAGAAGCUUCUCGUCUUUAUGCGACCCAAUUCCUUCUCGUAUUACUACGAGCUGGUAAUCCGUUGUUUUCUUCCUGGGCUAUCCAACUUCUAGUUAAUCGAUUGUAUGAUAAAUCGCCAGCAAUUUUUCUCUCGGCUUUAGCAACCUUGCAUGAAGCUUGUGAGUUACCAGAAUGUUUGGAUGCUCUAAUAGAAAUUAAUCCCAAUUUAGGAAAGUUGGGAGAAAAAGGUACUUUGUUGUUUGUUAGAUUCCUAUCUUUGGAAAAUGGCUUUAAUAAAUUAAAGAAGGAAAGGAUCACUGCAGAGAUUGAAAAAUGGGAUGAAACAUUUAAUUUUAGGUAUGUGAAAGUGGUUGAAGGGGAUAUUUCUGAUACAUUAACUCUUCAUCAACGCAAUGAUGAUGGGAAAUACGAUAAAAGAUCUGGUUCUUUAAGAAAUACCAGCCGAAGAGAUGUUUUUCUUCCUCCUCAUCUGUAUGGGCAGCUAGUACAACAUGUACAAGGAUUUGAUUUUUUGAUUAGUCAUGGAAAAACUACCUAUUUAAUAGAAGUUAUUAAAAAAGCUAAAUGUUCUACUGAUGAGGAAAUUUUACAAUUGAAAGCUGCUAUUUGGGCAUUGGGCCACAUGGGAACAUCUAACCGAGGCUACGAUUAUCUUACGAAUUUUGGAGUUAUUGAUAUUAUUACAGGAUUUGCGAAAUGGUCUCCAGUAUAUUCUGUACGAGCUACUGCCUUUUAUGUUUUAGGACUUUUAGGUACAACUCCUCUGGGAGCUAGUGAUCUAAGUAGAAAAGGAUGGCUUUGUACUAGACAUGAUAGGCACGACAAUUGGCCCAUAAUUAGGGAAGAAAUUGAAGAUUGGUAUCCGGUCAGAAAUCCAAGUGAGUCCACUUCAGAAGAUGUGAUUUCUUAUCCUUUUGCAAGAGAGUUUGAAAUAGUUCAUGAAGAUGAGGAUUUUCCAGACGAAAUUCAUGACUUCUUAAGAUCUCCUUCUUCGCCUGAAGAUAGAAGAAUUAAACAAUCAACACUGCCAGGAAGUAAGAAACCUCAAAAUUCAUUUCACAUAAGAUCAUUCUCAGAAUCGAAAACAUUUGAGGCUAAUAAUGGUUUUUAUGAAGAUAUUCGUCCACCGUCUGUACCAUUUAUUACAACUGGAAGGUUAAGAAACAGUUCCAUGACAGAAUCAACUACAUCUGGUGUUAGUUCGUGUGAUUCAUUAUUAAACAAACCCGGAGUUUGUGGUAAUUACGUGAAAACUCUAAGUCCCAUUCCAAGUUCCUCUAGUUUAAGUACAUUACAAUUACCGCCCAGAUUCAAAAGAACUUCGCAAAGAAUGUCUUCUACAAGUACCACAAAUUCUGAUGUUUCUACAUCAUCUUUAACUGGUAGUGCAUCAAAUGAAUUAAGUAUUCAAAACCUUAUUGGGUAUACCACGUUAAAAUGUAUAAGACAAAUGGAAACCCUAAACUAUGACAAAUCCAAUUAUGACGAUAAUGAUUUUUUCAAGCAAACGUCUCAAUCAAGACCGAGGAGUUCGUUAAUUGAUGAUUUUUAUCUUAUGGAAUCUAGUUUCACUUCAGUAUUCAGUGUUCCUAAUUUUGAAAUUGAAACAGGACCAUCCCAUGAUGAUAAACGAUAUAUGGGGAUUUGCCUUCCUAAAUAUUUAUUGGAAAUUUUUCCUAGUCAAGAAGAAAUUAACAGAAGGCCUUAUAUUUUCCAAGAUCCGAUGCGACAAAAUUCAGAUGUGGAAAAAGUGUGGCAACAUUCAAAAAAGCAUUGUUUUGUUUGUAGUCAAUCAGGGACUCACGACAAUGCUGUAGAAUUCAUUAGAGAUCCGGCGAAAUUGGAAAUCCUUCAAAACGUUGAACGUUUAGCGAAUCCUAUCUCCAACAAAUACGUCAAAUCUCACCUGAUUCGAUAUAAACAGAGAGAUCCUGAAGCUUUUAAAGAUAUUUGCGUUUAUUCUGAAGUUUGUAAAAUUAUAUCGGAGAAUGUUUACAGGGCACCAACAAGAAGAGUCUUACAUGAAUUGUUUUUAGACAUUAAUUUUCAAUGUUUGUAUGAAACAUCGCAGGAUGUAUUGAGCAGUGAUAGUAAAACUGACGACCGUUCCCAAUCUCCAGAUGAAGAUACUAUCAGUGUAGAAAGCAAAAGCAUUUCCAGUGGCGCUACCAGUCCCAGUGAACCUCUCAAAACCCUAGAUUCACUUGGACUCACUUUUAAUGAAAACAAGUUUCCUAUAAGACAUACCAAUAAGUAAAUUUUUUUAGAGGAUUGAAAUUAUUUUGUUCCUGUAUAUUAUAUUUUUUUGUUCGUUUUUAACUGAUUUAACGUGUUCAUAUUGAAGUAAAAAAUGGUUGGACAUUUAUUUAAAUUGUGUUGAUUUAUUUAUUUUAGAAGUUGUGUAAUUUUAAAUAAUCCAAAUCAAUUUACAUUGAAAAAUUUGUUUUAAUUUAAAGGGAAUGGAUAGUCAAAAACAUACUUAAUCUGGAAAUCGUAUUGACAGUUUUAUUAAUUGAAUAAAUAUAAAUUAUUAGUAUAUAAAAUAA